GGUGCGCCAGCCCAACAGCCAAUAUUGGUCGGCGUUGACUAAAUGGCCCUUACGGCCUUGCCGCAGUCAUAUUUCCCUGUGGGUGGGUGUCCAAAACCUUAAUCAAUUUCUGACCAAAUCUCCUUAGUUGAGUUGAUCCAGUUAAUGCUAAUUUGUUUCACAACUCUUCGUCUACAAUGGAGAGAGAACCGCGUCCCUCGCAAGUCCAAAUAAGGAUCAACUCCAGGCGUCACAGUGGCGUGAUUCACCCACUACAGUCAUCCCCAGCUCCGGCAUCAGCUGCUGCAAGCCCGGGCGUUAACCCGGUGGAGAUCAAGCAUUUCAAGAAAUGGGUCCCCUGGUUGAUACCUUUGUUUGUGGUCGCCAAUACCAUCGUGUUUAUAAUCAUCAUGUACGUCAACAACUGUCCCAAGAACUCUGUUUCUUGUAUUGCUAAGUUCUUGGGUCGCUUCUCUUUCCAGCCUUUCAAGGAGAACCCUCUGCUUGGGCCUUCCUCCAAUACGCUGCAGAAGAUGGGGGGUUUAGAUGUGAGUAAAGUGGUAGACAAGGACCAGGGAUGGCGCCUCAUAACUAGCAAUUGGUUGCAUGCUGGGGUUUUCCAUUUAUUGGCAAACAUGCUGAGUCUUUUGUUGAUUGGAAUUCGGCUUGAGCGUGAAUUUGGGUUUGUACGGAUUGGGUUGAUAUACGUCAUCUCUGGGUUUGGGGGCAGUAUUUUUUCUGGCCUUUUCAUCCAGUCAAACAUCUCUGUUGGUGCUUCUGGUGCACUUUUUGGCUUACUUGGAGCAAUGCUUUCUGAACUCAUCACGAAUUGGACAUUAUAUUCCAAUAAGGUUGCAGCAUUACUAACCCUCCUGGUCAUCAUUGUGCUCAACUUGGCAGUCGGAAUCCUCCCACACGUGGACAACUUUGCUCAUAUUGGUGGGUUCCUUUCGGGUUUUCUUCUUGGGUUUGUGUUUUUGAUACGUCCCCAAUUUGGAUGGGUUAGUCAAAGAUAUACUCCUGCUGCUGCGGAUAAACCUAAAUUCAAGAUGUAUCAGUGCAUAUUAUGGGUUGUUUCUCUGAUCCUUUUGAUUAUUGGGCUCACUGUUGGCCUGGUUAUGCUGCUCCGUGGAGUUGAUGCAAAUGAUCAUUGUUCUUGGUGUCAUUAUUUGAGUUGUGUCCCAACUUCAAGCUGGAGUUGCAACACUCAGCCUGCAUCUUGCUCGACAAUCCAGACAGGCAACCAGUUAAAUAUAACGUGCUCGAGCAAUGGGAAAUCAGGUGUAUAUAUAUUGCCAAAUGCAUCCAAUUCGCAGAUCCAAGGAUUGUGUGUUGAGCUUUGCAGUUGAUUUAUGCAGAAGACGAUGAAAGCUGACAUGCGCUACUUAGAUGUAUAAACUUCUCGUCGCAUAUUUUUUAUCUACAGACAUUUGAAUUGCUAUUAUGUUGAUACGUUAUUACGACUGUUCAUCUCCUUGUAUUAAUAUUAUUUUGUACAUUGACCUUUACAUAGAAAUAAUAAUGAAUUAUUGUUUAAA